AUGAUGCUGUGGCUGCUUCUGUUCGGCGUUGGGCUGAACUCGUCCUCAGCUGCAAAGCUGGGGGUGGUGCAGACAGAGGGGGGGCGGUUGGAGGGCAAGAGUCACAAGAUGGGUCUGUUCAGGUCCGUCGACGUCUUCAAAGGAGUUCCCUUCGCUGACGUCCCCGGAAAGUGGGAAAAACCAAAACCUCAUCCUGGAUGGACCGGAGUCUUGAAGGCCACAGAGUACCGGGAGCGCUGCCUGCAGGUGACGCUGCUGCAGACGAAAACCCAGGGCAGCGAGGACUGUCUGUACCUGAACAUCUUCGUUCCUCAGGGACGCAAAGUGUCCAUGAACCUGCCGGUGAUGGUGUAUCUUUUCGGCGGUGCCUUCCUGUUGGGGGCGUCCAACGACGUGGCGAUCCUCGGAGACUCUCUGUACGACGGGAAGGAGAUGGCCGACAGAGGCAAAGUCAUCGUCGUCACGGUGAACUACAGAGUCGGCACCAUGGGCUUCCUUAGCUCCGGAGACGACCGGCUGCCAGGUAACUACGGCCUGUGGGAUCAGCACGCCGCCAUCUCCUGGAUCCGCAGGAACAUCGCAGCGUUCGGAGGAAACCCGGACAACAUCACCAUCUUCGGCCAAUCAGCUGGAGCCGCCAGCGUCAGCUACCAGAUGCUGUCUCCCUACAGUAAAGGGUUAUUCCGUAGAGCGAUCACUCAGGGCGGCGUCGCUCUCAGUCCUUGGGCUCUCCAGAAGAAUCCGAUGGCUCUCACCAAGAAGGUGGCCAGAAAGGUCGGCUGCUGGAGGACAAACGAGGACGAGAUGCUGACGUGUCUGAAGAUGUCGGACCCGGUCGGUCUCACCAUGGCGGGAAAGAUCGACGUGCUGCUGAUUCUGGGAAAAGGCACCGUCAUGGAUCUUCUGGAGUUCUCUCCGGUGAUCGACGGUGAUUUCAUCCCCGACCAUCCGAGCCGUCUGUUCCACAACGCGGCCGACUUCGAUUACAUGGCCGGCAUCAACAGCAUGGACGGACACAUCUUCGCCGGCGUCGACGUUCCCUCCAUCAACCAGAAGAAAGGAAACACCACCGAAGCUGCAGUCAGAGGUCUGCUGGCCGGACUGACGAAGGAGAAAGGAAGUGCGGCCGUCAGCUCGGCGUUCGACGUGUACUCGCGGCCGUGGGGUUCGGUUCCCGACCCGGCGCUGAUGAAGAAGACCGUGGCCGACAUAGAGACCGACUUCCUGUUCCUGGUCCCGACUCAGACCGCCCUCCGUCUCCAUGCCAACAGCACCAGUGGCGCCCGGACCUACUCCUACCUGUUCAACAUGGAGACCCGGAUCCCCGGGUUCCCCAGCUGGGUGGAGGCGGAACACGCAGAGGACCUGCAGUACCUGUUUGGGAAACCGUUCUCCACUCCGCUGGCCUACUUCCCCCGACACCGAGACCUCGCCGGAUACAUGAUCGCAUACUGGACCAACUUCGCCCGGACCGGUGAUCCCAGUAACGGUGAAAGUAGAGUCCCGGCUCCGUGGCCCACCUUCACCAAAAACCACCGACCCUACCUGACCAUCAACAACGACAUCAGCAAGUCCUCUGUCAGGUACGACCUGAGAGCAGAGUACGUCGACUACUGGACCUCCGUCUACAGCAGCCUGUGA